AUGAACCUAUUCCGUGGAAGGAUGGAUGAUCGUACAGAGGAACAGAAGUACCAAUACAGGAAGAUGAUUGCUGAAACAAAGAUUAUCAGACUGUCUGGUAUAUAUCUAGAGGUGGUUUCUUCAAAAGUCAAACGUAACAAGCAAUCUGGUCAAUCUGAGGGUUAUGGUUUCAUUGAGUUUGUUAAUCGAGCAGCUGCAAAAAGGCAUCUACAGGCAUAUAAUAGUACUUUGAUGCCCAAUGUUGAGCAGCUCUUUAGGUUGAACUGGGCUUCCUUUGGUGCUGGUGAAAGAAACCAAGAUGACACACCCGAUUACACUAUAUUUGUGGGGGAUUUGGCAGCUGAUGUUACGGACGACCUUACUGGAGACGAGUUAUUGUAUUCUGUUUAA